ACUGCAAUUGUGAGUAGGACCAAAAAGUGCAUUCGUGACCUUCCAAGAUAUGUACGUGGAAUACCUUCCGAAUGGUGCAAACAACAACAACAGUGGAGAUGUGAUGGAGCUGCUUCGGAAUGGAAGACCUUAAUCCAGUUGGGACUGGGCAGUGAAAGGAAAUCUAUAAAUACGACAGGAUCGGAAUACUUCCGGGACUAGUUUGGAAGAUACGGUGGUUGAAAGUGGAAGUGUUUUCAGAAAACCGUGAUGUCCGACAGUGGGGACGUUAGUGAGGAUGGAUAUGUGUCAGUGCCGAAGUUCUACACCGGAGCCGAUGUGUUCAUUACCGGUGGCACCGGGUUCAUGGGCAAGGUGCUGAUCGAGAAAAUUCUCAGAUCAUGCCCGGAAGUGGGCCGAAUUUUUGUGCUGCUACGUUGCAAGAGAGGCAAAACGACCGAAGAACGGGUGCACGAGCUGACCAACAAUCCACUCUUCGAAUCGCUGACCAAACGGAAUCCAGCGUUUCUGGAGAAGAUAGUGCCACUGAAUGGCGACUGCAUGCAGCUGCGGCUUGGAAUGACCGAGGAAGAUAUUCAAAGGCUGCAAAGUGUGUCGGUGGUUUUCCAUUUGGCGGCAAGCGUGAGAUUCAAUGAUCCGCUCAAAGAGGCGAUAUUAAUCAAUGUACUGUCGACGAGGGAGAUUUUCGAAAUUUGCACGAAAUUGCCCCAGCUGAGGGCGGUUGUUCAUGUUUCGACUGCCUACAGCAAUCCUGAGCAGAGACAUGUGGAGGAGAAGAUAUACCCACCGAAGAUGGACUGGAGAAAAAUGCUGGAUUGUGCCCUCCAAUUUGACAACCAUGUAUUGGACAUUCUAACAGAGAAAAUCACCAGUUUCGCACCCAACACGUACACAUUUACCAAAGGACUAGCCGAGCAGAUAUGCCGGGACUAUCGGAACCACCUACCGCUGGUCGUUUUCCGUCCCUCGGUUGUUGUGAACACAAUCGAUGAACCGCUCGUUGGCUGGAUAGACAACCUGAACGGACCAUCGGGAAUGCUGGUUGGCGCUGGGACGGGUAUCGUCCGCACCGAUCUGAUGCCGAUGGAAAAUCGUGUCAACACUAUUCCUGCGGAUAUCUCAAUCAAGGCACUGAUACUGGCUGCCUGGCGGCGAGGAACUACGGAGAGCGAUCUUCGGUUGGACUAUCUUCCGGUGUAUAACAGCGCAGUGGAGUACGAGCACUCGUGGCAGUAUCAGAAGCUGCUGCAAUGUGGUAAAGAAAACAUGACCAAACUUUCCUUCAAUCGUUUACUGUGGGUUCCGGGUGGUUCGGCGACCACCUGGAAGGUGAAGUAUUACUUAAUGGUGCUGUUGCUUCAUAUUCUGCCCGCCAUUCUGGUGGACGGGCUCUGUGUGGCCACUCGCAAGCGACCCUUUUUAAUGAAAAUACAGCGGAAAGUGUUCCUGGCGCAAGCGGCAUUGCGGUAUUUUGUGUUCAACCAGUGGAAUUUCGAGAUCGAGCGAUUCAACUCGCUGAGAGAUAGUUUGCGUGGGGAUGAUGCCGUGUUCUUCAGUUGGCAUAUUUCGGAGGAACGGAUUGAGCAGUUCUAUUACGAUUGCUGGCUUGGCGUUCGCCGAUAUCUGCUUAACGAUCCGGACGAAACUCUGCCACAGGCUACCAAAAAAAUGCGUCGUCUGAUAUUGAUCGAUCAAAUACUGAAGAUUUCACUGUUACUGCUAGUGCUGUACGCAUUCUGGACGAGCACCAUUUUUCGGAAUUUGGAGACGAAAUUAGUGAAAUAUAGUAGGUGAAAACAA